AUGCUCGGCGGCCCGGGAGGCUCUCGGUGGCAAAGUCGGAAGCGUUCGCACCGGGGAGGCAGGGGCGGCGGCAGCGGGCACGGACGGGAGCGGGAAGGGCCAGGGAAGGCUGCUUUCCCCUUGCUCCCGGCGAACCGGCCAGAGAGCGGGAUCAGGGUGCAGAGCCCCGACAGUGCCCUGCUCCGGCUUUCAUCCCGCGGCGGGGGGCUUGGCGAGCGGAAUUCCGGCGGCUGCCGCGACUCCGGUGCUAGGAGAGGGCAGCAUGAACGGUCCCUGAAUGUGCCUUUGGGCACAUUUCGCCAUUCAUUUUUGAUUAGGAGAAAGAAGACAGCCAUCCACUUGAAAGGUACACCAUUGAGUUCUCUGGGAUUGACAAGCGUGUCUGGUUGGGAAGCUUAUGAGAUAGAAGACAAGACCCUGCCUCAGGAAGUGUACAUGAGAAUAACUUUAAAGGAACCUGUUGAUAAAUGUGUAACAGUGGCUGUUGGAGUAUGUCACAUGGACCAAACCUGGGUCAGGCAGCUGCACGUCACGAGUGACACUGUUUUUGCAAUUUCUUGGAGAGAUCAUCACAAAGCUGUCCUGAAUGGCUUCUCCUGCACUGAAGAGGUGACAGAAAUGUACUGGAACAAUGGGAAAAGCCAGUAACUUAUAGGAAGCCAAGAUGACGAGAAUUUUUUUAAAUCAUCAUGAACUGGAGGCCUGGAAGGCUGGCUUCGGAGAGAGAACACCACACCUGGAGUUCUGGAGUUCAGGUGCUGCUGUGCCCUGGGCAGGUCCUGCUGGGAUGGUGUGAGGACACAGUUAGCACAACCUCUGAAAGGUUACAAAGACAGCAUAAAGUACCAUAGAUGUGGGGGGACUGCCUUUUAUAAUUGGACACAUUUUUUUUUAUCAUUAAUGGAAGGAAGAAAACAUUUCUCUAGCUAUUAUCUAUUGCCUUUGUGGUGAUUAUGUUCUUGUCAAACAUUUGCUCUUCCUUCCUACCCCCCUCCUACCCCUGUGUGAGGAUUAUGCUUUCCCACCCCGUCCAGGGUGGAUCCCCACGCCAUGGCCCGAGGACUCAGUGUGGCCCAUGAAACGUGAACGACGACACAUGCCAUUUCUGAGAAGCUUUGAUAGACAAGGCCUGGUUGUGCCAUCUCUCUGUUCUCUUUGCCGUGAGACCAGCGUGUCUCGGUGAGGGGAGCUGCUUCUGCCUUGGUGGCAGAGUGAAGAGGACAUGGAGGCCAGUCACAGCUCGCCUGCAAGGAAACAAACAGGAGUCAGAAAGAAACCUUUCCCCAAGGUCAUUGGCCUCCAAAAUACUGAUGCUAUUUGUUGCUGCAGCCUAAUUUAGCCUGAACUGGUAUAUUACAAUUGUUGUACUGUAUCUUUUUCUUACAUGGAAGAGGCAAACCUUCACCAGAGAUUAUUGCUUCAAAUAAGGCAUUUUCUUAAGGUAUUUAAGUUUGACCGUGUUGACCCUUUAUUUUUUUUAAAUCUCCAACCCUUUGUAGAACAUGUGUUAAGGCCUGGACAUCUGGAGGUUUAAAAUAAUCCAAGUCCCGGACCCAGCCUUCGGGAGUCUUAGGGUAGGAUGCCAUGUGUCCCAGUAACUACAGGACAAGGCAGAGGGUCAGCGCCCCAGGAAAGGGCCACUUUGAUAAUCCGUGAGCUGUGCUCAUGCAGGUGUCCUCACUUUGUUGUAUUGCCACUCUUAAGAUGUUCUUUGUGUCAUUGCCUUAUGUUAGUCAAGCUUUUCUUCCCCUUUCCUCUUCUUCCUGAGCAUGUAUUUAUAGAGAUUUUAUGUAUUUAUUUUUAGAGAGAGGGUAAGAGAAGUAGAAAGAGAGGAAAAGAAAAUUGAUGUGAGAGAAAAAAUAAAUCGAUCAGUUGCCUCUUGUAAACACAAGAUCCAGGACCAAACCUUCAACCCAGGCAUGUGCCCCAACUGGGAAUUGGACCUCGACCUUUUGCUUUGCGGGACGAUGCCCUGUGGGGCCACACCAGCCAGGACAGCAUGUAUUUCCUACACCGUUUAAUUUGUCACACAUGGUGGAUUUCCUUAUUCUCAGUUUGUGUUCUUAGUGAAACAACUUAUACUGGUUCAUUUGGUACUUUAGGCUAUAUGGCCUUUCUUUUGGCAUAUAUUAUAAAUUCUUUGACUUUACAGUUGACAUAUCUUAACUGUUCCCCCAUAAUAUAAAUUGCUUAACACACUAUUACAAACAAAUUAAACUCUUAGUAAAUUAUUGACCAUUUUAUUUGAUUUUUCCCCCUGAUGUUAUUGGUUCUUUUCUUCAUGACACAUGAAUUGCCAUUUAUUGUUAGAGUUCUCUUUUCCUUUCCUUUUUUUUUUUCUUUAUGGUAUCUGACAUGUUUAAGGCUAUGCAUGGGAGAACCAGUGUAUCUUGGCUUAGUAAUGCAUUACCUCAAUUUGGAAUAAUCUGGAGUUUGUAUAUCAGGUCCUGUGCCUCGUAAUCCGCCGGGUGUUCAGGAGACCUAACCUGAUUUUAUAUUCCUAGUGUCUCGUCCUGGCUUCGGACCAGGAGCGAAACCAAAGCGCCUGGAGGUCUGACGCGCAGUUUCUAGGUUAAAGCAAUAACAAAGCUGCUCCCUUCCUUUAUGAAUUCAGCUUGUUUUCUGUCUUGUUAUUUCUGACCACUUAUUCGCUUUCAUUUCAAAAGGCGCAGGAUGAAUUUAUUCUUAAAGUCCCAUCUUGAACCAAGGGCUUUCAGACCUUUUUGUCCAGCACUCACAGAAAGAAAUGGUUGCAGCCUCAGUCGGUCAGGAAGGAGCGCCCAGAGCCACUGUGGCCUACUGGUAACGGUCUGCUCUUCAGGUUGGGUGGUGGGUUCAUAACUAUUGACGUUGAAGUUAUUUUUCCUGACAGAUAUAUUGAAUAUAUUCUCUUAUGUGUGUUAAGUACUGCAUAAGCAAAAAUGUUUUUAGCCCUGGCUGGUGUAGCUCAGUGGACUGAGCGCGGGCCUGCGAACCAAAGGAUCACAGUUCAAUUCCCAGUCAGGACACAUGCCUGGGUUGCAGGCCAGUUUCCAGCAGGGGACUCAUGAAAGGCAACCAUACACUGAUAUUUCUCUCCCUCUUUCCUUCUC